AUGAACAUCACUAUUGUCUUGUCUGUUCUAGCCGCCGCCGCCCAGGCCACAACCGAGCCCAGCGAAGUCCUCAGCUCCUUGGAAGAAACUUCGGCGCCGUCUGUGACUGCGUCAUCUACCGCGCCUUACAUCCGCGAGUCGUCUGACGAGGACAGUCACUACAAUGCUGCGUCCUCAAAGGCUACCGAGAGGACGGUCGCUCCCCCUGCUCCCAUCAAGUGGAUGGUCGCCCCCCCUGGUCCCAUCAAGUGGACAAUUGCUCCCCCUGGCCCAACCAAGAGGACUGUCGCCCUUCCCGGUACUCCCCGGCCGACAGUGUCCCCCCCUGGCCCCGUCAUGGCGGAAGCCUCCCCUCCCGGUCCCGACGAGUGGACGGUCGCCCCCCUUGGUCCCAUCAAGUGGACAAUUGCUCCCCCUGGCCCAACCAGGAGGACUGUCGCCCCUCCCGAUACUCCCCGGCCGACAGUGGCCCCCCCUGGCCCCGUCAUGACGUAA